AUGGUCAAGGAACCGAGCUUCGACAUAUCCGUCAUCUUCUUCCCGGUAUGUAGGUCUGCCGACAAGAAGUUGCCGACCAUCGUCCUGGGUAAUGGCUACGAUGGCUCAAUAGAAGAAAUGCACCACCAGUAUGGCGCCGGAAUUCUAGAGCGUGGUUGGAAUGUGCUAUGCUACGACGGCCCAGGACAGAUCUGUGCACGCCGUUAUCAAAGAAUCGGUUUCACCCACAAGUGGGAAACAGUCGUCUCCCCUGUUCUGGACUUCCUGGAGACUCUACCAAUCGUCAAUAUGAAUAUCGAUGGAUUAUACAAUCUUAUGGGUAUCCCCGUCUUGGGUGCCGAGAAGGGCCUGGCUCGAUACUCGGGAGUCCAGGACUUUGCUGCAGCAGAGAAAGUCUUCACGGACCCGGGUGUCCCAACGACAGCUCGCUGGCCCCUGUCUCAUGGCUUAUGGGCUUUCAAAGUUCGAACCGCGGCAGAGUACCUGGACAAUGCUUCAUAUUUCAGCUUGAAAGGUAUAGCCGACAAAAUUUAG